UUCAAUUGAAGGCAAAUGUACCAUACUGGUGCAGAUACAUUAUCCCAAACAAUAUCUGUCAGACAUUUUAUUUUACUUUAGUCACCAUCUCUUUCAGCUUUUUACAUUUUCAUCUUGUAACAGACAACACACUCCUCUACAUUGGCCCCAGUAUGCAGUGCACGCGCUUGGUAGUCAUGUCAGAGGAGGAGAAGAAGUCAGUUCUGAUGGAAUGCCACAAUAACCCUGUUACCGGGAUCACAAUGGUGUUAGAGGUACCCAAAACAGGGUUGUUGCUGGCUAUUACUGGCCAACAUUGAACCAGGACAUCAGUGAAUGGGUUCUUCGCAACAUUGAGAGGGCACAGGACACCCAGAAGAAGACCUUUGCAACAUGGAAAAGGAAGCAGGUAAGACAGUGUGUUGUUCAAGCAGGCGAUGAUGUUCUUUUGUCAGGUGAUCCAAAGAGACGACGCACUGGAGAUGCAUUAUUGAGCCAACACCAAGGACCGUACACUGUGGCCAGCAUCACGCCAAAGGGGGUGGCCACUAUUGUGAAGGGGGCAACUUGCCAGAAUGUAAACGUGUCCAGGCUGAGGAACUACCUAAGAUCAAAAAAUCUACCAACGGAUAGGAAGUUUCUCCUGGACCACUCAUAUGAGACUCUGGAAUGGCAGAUUGAUCAUCAGUAUGCCAGUCCAGGAGCAAAGUGGCAGAAAGACUUGGAACCUCUUCAGUCCAGUCUGCUCGAAUAUGUUUUGGACCAAAAUCUACCUCUAGGAGAACUCCUAGUGAAGGAAGACAAUAUCUGCCUGACUCGGGAAGACUUCUGAAGCCUGGGUUUGGAACACAUGGAAUCUACUGCCAAGUUUGCGUUGGGGGAACAUCCAACGUUGGAUCUCCAUUUUUUCAUCUACAAGUUUGGCCAGAAGUCACGUGAACCUCUGAUCUUGUCCAAAAUCACGGACUUUGACAACAUCAUUUGUUGUUCUCUCCAUGUGGCAUGCAGUCUGACGCCAAAAGACCCAAACAUGCAAUUGUUUUGGUCCAGAGCGGGGUUACAGCACUUGGUUGGUCCAAGAGUCACGUUGUUUACCGCCAUGUCCAUGCAUGAGUGUGCAAACAUGCAGACGGAGUUGUACCAACACGAGUUGGACGUCGAUCCACUUUUGGCCCACAUUGCGACACUGCCCUUUGUCACCUUUUGGCAGUUCUACAUGGACAGUCCUCACACCCACUACAAGUCCACGUUCCGCCACCCAAUCAGUGGGUUGAUAGUCAAUGGUUGCCUCAGCCACCCCAACUAUGUGAAAGCUCUUGAUACCCGUGCGGAGGACUACUAUGUACACAUGCGGGACCUUGCCCAGAAGUGCAUAUGCCCAUUUUCCUUGCGCAUGGAGAUGGUCCAGGCGCUGGAUCAACAUGAAUUGGGAGUACUCAAGGAACCUAUCCAGGCUCACUCUUUCUUCCGCAUCCUUCACUUCCAGAAGCUAUCGGAUGAACUCCCCUUGGUGGUACCUUUAAGUGGGGGGAGGAAGAGUCCAGUCUGCAGUUCAUCCUGUCAAAAUGUCUCACCCACAUGGUCGAGGAGCUCUGGGAUCAGUGUAAACAGUACAGGGGCAAGGGCGGUUUCCUUCCAGUCUGAAGAGCCUUUCAGCUGGAGAUAGCGCUUGAAGAGGCAUUUCAUGGACACCCCUUGUCCAACCUUGACAUUGUCUAUUCUUCAGCCCUGGGCACAAGUUCUCGCCACAAAUUCAGUGCCACGCAUAUCCGGGGCUUCAUGGUGCUUGGUCCUGCCACAGGGGCAGCAAUUGACGACACACCUCCACCUUUAUCACACUGGACCAAGGACAACCUACAGGUUCUGCGAGUCCAACGGCUCUUCUACCUCACAUGCAACAUGGAAUGUGAGCCGUCAGUACUUGGCCCUUCACUUGUUCUCCUCUUGCUGCAAGAUAUUUUCCGUAGGAAUGAAAAGAUCCCUCUUGCUGAGCUCCAAGCAACUAAAUGCCCUGAGACUUUGAAGGGACACAUCAAUCUAUCAUCAUUAGUUGAGAACCUCGCUACAAGGGAGUCCUUUCCAAAUCCAUUCACCUUUUCCAGGGCCAGGAAGCUCAUCGAAGAGUCCGGCAAAGAUGUUUCAGAGUGCCUGAAGGCUGGCUUCCUGGAAAUGAAGCUGAGGUGGUUUCCUGACCUUAAAUUUCGAGAUCUCAGAGGAACGCGCCGGGCAACCUGGAACUUUGUGGACUUUGUAGAAGUCCACAAUGACGACAAAGAGCCUUCAAUUGAGGCACGUUCGUCAGCCUUGGUAGGAGACAUAGCCAUGGAAAUGGAGCACCGCUCGCUUUGCUAUGCUCGCAAUCUGGAAAGGUACCGCGAACAUGGCAUGCCAUGGUUGAUCCACGUCCUGAAACGGCUUCCAGGAACAAUUGAUGCCUCUACUCAUAAGAAAAUCCUUGUCCUCGUCAGUUCAAUAGGUCUCCUCAUGAACCGUGAUUUUGUAUGCUACGACAAGAUCAAGGAUCUGCUAAUGGAGCUCAAGGUCAGCCAAGCGGACCUUCAGAAGUGGAAGAUCAUGUCGACAUCUGUUUGUGACAGAACCUUUGGAUUCACUUUGUACAAGCUGCACUAUGACAUUCCAUACCGGAUGGUGCACCAUCCAGUAACUUCAAAGAAGAAGCCUCCAACACUCCUACUGGAACAGGAUCCCGUGGAAGUUCCCGUCGAGCUAGAGGAUGAAGAACCUGACACUGUGAUUACAAGAGUUGUGUUCAUGCCAGCCAAUGUCAGUAGGCAGUGGUCAGAAGAGGAGCUGUCGUUUGUGAAGACAGACCCUUCAGUCAGGGUCAAGGAUGGAUACCGUCAGUAUGUGCAGAACUGCAAGGCUGCAGAUGGCGCCGAUGGCCUUUUCGGUUCUGGAGAUAUGGCGAAUCGGACCAAAAUGGAUGGGACACAUAAGGGAAAAACAACAGAAAUGAGGAGAGAUUUCAGUGUCGGGAGAGGGCCUGUGAUGCUGGGAGAUUUUGUGACAGUGCAUGGUUUACCUGCGUGUGCUGAAUGCUCCCUACAGGUCCCAGGAGGAGGAGGAGAUGAGGAGGCAGCGGUCGGCUGGGGUUUUGUGUGUGUUUCCUUUAGGGAAAAGAUGUUCACAUUACUGAUCUCUACAUCGUGGCCACCGGGAAGGAUCCACAAGUCAACCUGCUUCGUUGCUUGCCGGAGAGUAGCAGCCUUUAUUGACUCUGGAUCCUGGAUGGAGAAAACAGGAGGAGACCUUGAGUUCUUUUCCCAGCAGUUCAAUGGAAAUUGCUGCAGCAUCUUUAUGCUGAUGUAUGCUCUCUGCAUCAGCACCUCAUCUCCACUAUCUUUCACAGAGUGAUCAGGAACAAAU